UCAGAAGAGAUCAGACUCACCUGAGAUCAGCUGUGUGUCCAUGAGGAGUGAAGCCAUCUAUGGAUAAAUAAAUGUAAUUUAAAGGCGGAGACAAAUCAACUGAUCAGAGGUAGAAAAGAUAAAUAAAAUAUCAGAUCAGAGUGACUAUGAGUGAUCAGACUAUAAAUGUUGAACAGGCUCAUAGUUUCAGGUUGUGUGAUUGUGAUAUCACAGACAAAGGUUGUGUUGAUCUGACUGCAGCUCUGAGAUCAAACCCAUCACACCUGACAUAUCUGAAUAUGUAUAAUAAUAGUCUAAGAGAUUCAGAAGUGAAGCUGAUCUCUGAUGUACUGGAGAAUCCUGACUGUAAACUGAAGAUACUGGAGUUGUGUAGGUGUAAUAUCACAGAUGAAGGUUGUGUUGCUCUGACUUUAGCUCUGCAAUCAAUCCCAUCACAUCUGAAACAUCUGAAUCUGUCUGAUAAUAAUCUAAGAGAUUUAGGAUUGAAGCUGAUCUCUGAUGUACUGAAGAAUCCUGACUGUAAACUGAAGAUACUGGAGUUGUGUAGGUGUAAUAUCACAGAUGAAGGUUGUGUUGCUCUGACUUCAGCUCUGGAAUCAAACCCAUCACACGUGACACAUCUGCAUCUGUCCAAUAAUUAUAAACUAAGAGAUUUAGGAGUGAAGCUGAUCUCUGAUGUACUAAAGAAUCCUGACUGUAAACUAAAGAUACUGAAGUUGUGUAGGUGUAAUAUCACAGAUGAAGGUUGUGUUGCUCUUACGUCAGCUCUAGAAUCAAACUCAUCACACCUGGGAGAUUUGGAUUUGUCUUUUAAUAAACUAAGAGAUUCAGGAGUGAAGCUGAUCUCUGAUGUACUGAAGAAUCCUGACUGUAAACUGAAGAUACUGGAGUUGUGUAGGUGUAAUAUCACAGAUGAAGGUUGUGUUGCUCUGACUUCAGCUCUGCAAUCAAACCCAUCACACCUGACGCAUCUGAAUCUGUCUGAUAAUAAUCUAAGAGAUUCAGGAGUGAAGCUGAUCUCUGAUGUACUGAAGAAUCCUCAAUGUAAACUGAAGAUACUGGAGUUGUGUAAUUGUGAUAUCACAAAUAAAGGUUGUGCUGAUCUGACUUCAGCUCUGAGAUCAAACCCAUCACACCUGACACAUCUGCAUCUGUCUAAUAAUUAUAAACUAAGAGAUUCAGGAGUGAAGCUGAUCUCUGAUGUACUGAAGAAUCCUGACUGUAAACUGAAGAUACUGAAGUUGUGUUGGUGUAAUAUCACAGAUGAAGGCUGUGAUGCGCUGACUUCAGCUUUAAGAUCAAACCCAUCACACCUGACACAUCUGAAUCUGUCUAAUAAUUAUAAUCUAAGAGAUUCAGGAGUGAAGCUCUCUGAUGUACUAAAGAAUCCUGACUGUAAACUGAAGUUACUGGACUUAAGAGAUUGUGGUAUCACAGCUAACGGUUGUGCUGUUCUGAAAUCAGCUCUGAGAUCAAACCCAUCAAACCAGGCACAACUUAAAAUUUGAGGGAAUAAUGUAAAAUAAACCUAAGACUUAUUAUCAUUAAGACAUUUGUAUACAAUAUAAAAAUAAUAAUUAUUAUUUCCAUUAUUUUCAAGUCAGUACAAUCCAUUUUCAAAUCUUAUAUGACUAUUUAUUUUAUAAUUUCUAUUGAUUGUAUAUAUUCUAUAGUUAAUUGUAUCUAUGUUUGUAUUAAAAACGGUUUCAUCGGAUGCACUUUUGUUGUCGUUUUUACAUGUCUGGGCUAAACUUAACUUCCAGUCUCUGUUUGUUUAAUAGUCUGACUUGCCCUAAACAAUUACCUAAUCGAAAAUAACAAAUGUUUUGGUUUCCUAAAGUUAAGGGGAGACGGUGUAGCGAUUCUAGAGGGGUUGGAACAGUGUUGUUCAAAACAAUGCAUCAUCAUUUUGAUAAUGAUGAUUUAUUGAUUAAUAAUUACAAUUAUUAAUUUAAGAUUUUUCUCCAACAGUUGUUUACCCCCAUUCCAGUCAGGGAAUUGUUGAUUUAGCUCAAAGGCAAAUACAUACAAUUAAUCGUCAUUAACUAUAUAUAUAUUUUAUAUAGUUUCAUCUGAUUUAGUAGAAUUAAUAAUAACAAUUUAUUGAUUCAUUUGUCCAGCGAAUAUACCCAUCAUUGUACAUUAAUUCUAAGAAACACUGAGCAUGAGGCAGCACGAUCAAAGCUUAAGUGACUUUUACGUAUAAACUCAGAGUAAUUCAUGGAUAAAUAAAUAAAUAAAUAUAGAACCAAGGAUAUGUACUCUACGUUGUUUAUUUGCUUGUUAUCAGA